AUGAGCAGGCCUCAAGGCGGUCGGAUUCAAGUCCCCGAUGACCUUAGAGAAAUCUUAUUGGAAUUCACCAUAAGUUACCUAUUGGAACAGCCGGGAGACGUUAUUAACUACGCGGUUGAAUUCUUCACAAGGUUACAGAACAACAGGACCACAACGAUAGUGCGGGGCCCCUCAGCAGGCACUCCUGAUGAAUCUAUAAUAUCAGACGAAGAAGAGCCGCCGGUGGCGCGCUUUAACAACCGGCGCAAGUCUGUGUUCGCUGAGACCUACGACCCUGAGGAAGAUGACUCCGACGAGGGUGCCCCAGCUGUGUUCCCCAAGUCGGAUGCCCAACGAGCUCGUCUGGCUGAAGCCGUCCGAGGGAUCCUCCUGUUCCGCUCCCUGGAUGCACAACAAAUGCAGCAGGUACUAGACGCAAUGUUCGAGAAGCGCUCCGAGCCCGGCGAAUACGUGAUCCGGCAGGGCGACGACGGUGACAACUUCUACGUCAUCGAGAAUGGAGUGUUCGAUGUACUCGUCACGGGGGACGAUGGUGUCGAAAAGGUGGUCCACACCUACGAGGGCUCAGGGUCCUUCGGCGAGCUGGCCCUCAUGUACAACAUGCCCCGCGCGGCAUCAGUACGCGCCCAGUCUCCCGGCGCUCUAUGGGCCAUGGACCGUCACACUUUCCGCCGCAUUCUCCUGAAGAGCGCCUUCAAGAAGCGCAAGCUGUAUGAGGAACUAUUGGACAAAGUGCCCAUGCUAAAGGCACUUCAGCCAUACGAGCGAGCUAACCUCGCAGAUGCUCUCCUGCCCCGCACCCUGAUCGAUGGCGAGCUGAUCAUCCGUCAGGGUGACACCGCCGACGGCAUGUACUUCGUGGAGGACGGCUCGGUCAGCAUCCGUAUUGCGCGAGAUGACGGGAAUGAACAUGAGAUCAAGCGUCUUGGCAAAGGCGGGUACUUCGGCGAGCUGGCCCUGGUCACCCACAAGCCCCGCGCCGCCUCCGCUUACGCUGUCGGACCCACCAAAGCCGCAUUCCUCGACGUGGAAACGUUCGAGCGCCUUCUCGGGCCCUGCAUGGAGAUAAUGAAGCGCAACAUAGACGACUACGAGGAGCAGCUGGUCAAGCUGUUCGGCGACAAGAGCAACCUCACCGACGUGCGA